AAUUAUUUGAUUUUUAUUCGGGGUUGUAUUUCGUACUUCUAUGGAUAGUAUAUCUGCUGCUGUCGAUAGUAUAGAUUCCGAUACCGAGCGUUUAUUACGGAACUAUGGAUGUGACCUAAUCCAGAAGGCUGGAAUACUACUGCAGCUUGAUGCAGUUACUAUAGCGUCUGCCCAGACUAUAUUGCAUCGAUACUACUUCAAGCGUAGUUUGAAACAUGUAGACAUUAGGCCGGGCGCUGCCAGCGCUUGUUUUCUUGCUACCAAGUUAGCUGAGAACAUGCGAAAAGCUUUGGAUGUAGCACGAGUGUUUGACUUUUUGAUUAACGAAGAGAAUGGAACACUCAGUACUCCUGUAGUUCAUAUAGAUGAGCGGCUUUAUAAGGACAUUUUGAAAAUUGAACGUGAUAUGCUGCUUCAAUUUGGAUUUCGUUUAGACAGCCUAGUGUCAUGUCCACAUCGCUAUGUCUUGCAAUAUGUCUUCGCUUUGUUUCGCAAUUUAGAGGAAUAUUCAAAUAUAAAUGUCAAUGAAGUUGCACAGCUAGCCUGGUGUUAUUUAAACGACAGCAUGAGGUCCACCCUUUGUUGCAAACUCAAUCCAGGGGUUAUAGCGGCAGGUUGCAUCUACAUGGCAGCGACGGCAUUGGGCAUUCAACUUUCUAAGGAACUUGAAUGGUACACAGUAUUCGAUGCCCGAUGGUCCGAUAUACUCCUGGUACGUGAUGAGCUCGAGAUGCUUUAUAAGAUGGGCAAGCCGUACUACAAGAGUAUAUCCGGCACAAACUAUGGACCAUCACCUCUUGUCCAGAUAAAAGAUGAAAACCCAUGUAACGUGGGAUCUCAAAAGUCAAUGGGUGACAGUACCAGCAAUUCCAAUUCAAAGGUAACAGAAGAAAGCUCCCGCAAGCGAGAUCGCAGAGCAUAUUCACCCAGUGAACAGAGUGGUCAUAGACGAGGGUCAGGGUACGACCACAAUGAUCGCACAAUUAAAUCAAGGAAUGACCGUGGAGGAGAUUUUCGACAUACAGGGUACUCAUCCUCCGGGAGGUCACAUUAUCGCAACCGUGCUGAGCACUAUCGUAGAGAAAGAGAUAGAAGUCGUGAACGUAGCUACGGCAGAUCGUCUAAAUACCGUGAUUCUAGAAGACACCGUUAAUAAAAUCAAAUUUAAAUGACAAAUUAAAGUGCUGUUAUGG